GCGCGUUGCCUGACACUCGUCGACCCCAACGAUCGCUUCUGUGCCACCGUACAACAAGCAUAUCAGCCAUCCAUUGAUCACUGUCCACGGGGCGCGCGUCGUAUUAGCUGCGCUUAGCCGGUUCGUCGAUCGAUCGUAGUUCGACGUGCGAAUCACCAUGUGCCACCGAUGAAAAAACUGAAGGUAAAGUUGGAAAGCAGCGGGACGGCGGCGGGGACGUCGACGACGGGGCAGCAUCAGCAUCAGGCGGUCGGGAUGGCGGGGGGAUUGAACGUGAACGCGACUGACCCCACCGACACCGCGAGUCGGAUCUGUCGGGACUUUCUGAGAAAUGUUUGCCACCGGGGAAAACGCUGCAAGUAUCUUCACGAGCGUUCGGAGGACGAUCCCGUCGAGGAAUAUACCUUCUGCCACGAUUUCCAAAACGGCAAGUGUAAUUGGCCGGGCUGCAAGUUUCUCCAUUGCACCGAGAGCGAAGAGAAGCGUUUCAGAGCAACCGGUGAGCUGCCGCCUCAUGUCCUCAAUCGAUCCAAGACCUGCAACAACGACAAGCCGGAUCAUCCGUUAUGCAAGGACUUUAUGAAGGGCAGCUGCCAGAGGGUCAAUUGCAAGUUUAGGCAUUUGAAGAAGGAGGAGCCGCAGCACAAUCUGAUGUCGCCGUCCCAUCACAACGUGUCCAGACCGCAGCACAAUUUCAACGGCACCAGCAACGGCGGUGCUACCGGUGGCGAUGGGCGUAGAUACGAGGAGGACAGAAACUUCCACUGGCAAAUGCAGGAUCAUAACAAUUUGGUUGCUAAUAAUGCUGGUUACAACACGUCGCAUCCAGCCGAUUACAUCGGACCGCCAGAACCGAAGAGGCGAUUAGUAUCGGGUGAAACAGUCGUACAUUUCGAAGCCUCUCCAAUCGUGGGUCAGCAGCAUGCGACUCAACCGACGGUCACGCCGAGCUAUUAUUACCCCAUAAUACCGCGUAACGAGGCACGAGCCAUUGUCCUGGAGGAUGAAAAUGUGCUGUUGAGGAAGAAGAUAGAAGAGUUGAAGAAGCAGGUCAGCGAUUUGACGGCGACGAACGAGUUUCUAUUGGACCAAAACGCUCAAUUGAGAAUGUCAGGCAAACGAACGGCAAACGUAACCGCUGUAACGGUUCCGGCAGUCACGAUUACGAAUACAGUUCCGCCGUCGCAGGCUCCGACACCCCAACAAAUGGUCAACGCGGCCGUGGCAGCGGGCACCCUACGAACGGUCACUGCCAGCGUGGCUACCGUUCCCGUGAGCAUCGCGACCGUAGCUCCCGUCUCUAUCGCGGCGGUCUCUAUGGCACCGGUCUCGAUACCACCGCCGAUCGUCACCAUGGCUCAGCAAACUAUUUCAAUGAGUGGCUCCGGGCCUCCCCAAGCGACUAAUCAGCAACCACCGAAUACGCAGCAACCCGCCAGUUUACCCUUGUCGAUAUCCGGCGCGACCGCGCCUCUCGUUUCUUAUCCUAUUAUGACGCAGGAACUUAGGCCUGUCUUGCAAUAAGUUGCGUCACGAGAAUAAGAACUUAAUAUCUGAUAGGAUAUCUAUGUACGUAUGUACGGUGUACCACCUACUCGGCUAUGUAGGCGAAUCAAGAAUCAUAAUGCGCGUCCAUUUACCUUUACUAAAUGGAACUUACAAGUACGCUCGAAAGUACAUACGAAAGAUAGAAACCAGCGGCUGUGGAAUGAACCAGUGUAUCACCGUAGUAAAUAGACACAUUUGUAUUCAUGUAAUAAUCAUUCUCUCUCUCUUUCUAUUUCUAAAUCUUUUCAUAUUCUAAUCAUUUGUGAUUAAUUUUACUUUUUUUAAAGCCAAUUUCACUAACUACGGUUAGCUUAACCGACGGUUAAAGUUAGCAGGGUGG